UCUCCUUGGUCACCGGCACAAUGCGGUUCAGAUCGUGUACUAGCUGCUCGUAUUGCCUGAAGAGAGCCGGGUCCUCUUCAUGUAUGCGCUCCAGGGACAUGGGUGUCUUGCGGAUGUUGAGGCAGAAUGUUGCCUCCACGGAAGUGUACAGAUCUGAGUACACCUUGUGCAUCUUGGGCUUGUAGACAUCAUUCACGAGCACGCUGUUCAGUUCCUGCUCGCUGAAUGACAGCAAUUUCUGUACCAACGGGCUUCCAAGGCAUGCAUCCAGGGCAUCUAUGAGGUCUUGGCUGGCGCCAGCUUGUUUGGCAUAGAAGCUUGAACGGUUCCGAAGGCGAUCAAUUUUUAUGCUUCCGUAGUCCCAGUCGAGAGAGGGCUUUGAAGCGCCAGUAGGCGCCUCAGAGUCAUGAUGAGGGGAUGAAUGCUCGACAUUUGUGUCGAUUGCGCCAUUCUGAGUAGCCAUAUGCUUGUAGCUGCACAACAAUUCACCUGUACAAUAAACUGCAGAUCAUUUAGACACCUUACAUGCCGGGCACAGACUCUUAGGACGUGUCCGCAAUGGCAUGCAGUCUCUCACGCGCAAUAAGCGCUUCAUACAUGUCUUAUCAGAUUACAACAUAUAGCCAGCACUGUACGCGACUCAAGCUGAACGAAAUCCUGGGAGGCAUGACAGUAAAUCCUACACAUCCACUCCUUCAAUUCAAAGUCUCUGGCCAUAUUCUUAUCGGCGAGUCAGAACGUCUCUUCCAAGCCUAACAUAC